UUAUUGUAAUAUAUUUUAUGCCUACAAAAUUGAACCUAAUUGGAAUUUAUUUUAUUCUGCAAAUAUUAUAAUAUGAACUUUACUUUGAAUCUUUUUUACGUCCUUGUAUAUUUUUUUGCAUUUUGUAGUUUCUUGUGCAUUCAAAUUUCCUAUAAAUGCAUAAAGAUCCGCGGUCUAUUUAUAAUAUUUUCUUAUAAAGUUUUAUUUGUAUUAUUUUAAAUAAUAUUUAAUAGUUAUUCAGGUAUAUAUUCAGAUAUAGUCAUUCAGGUAAAAAUGAAGAAAAGUCGAAAGAUAGAAGCCAAGGAUUCCUUAAAUACUAGAUUACAAUAGUUUUGAUUGCACAAUGCCAUACCCAUUACCACGCAUGCUUCUUCAAAACCUUGUUCUCACAAUUACUUGUAGCAGGGAGUUUGGAAACUAACAGACAUUCACCGCGGGCAAUUUUCACGAAUGUUCGAGAUGCCAUAAAUACCGAGGAAAUGCUCAUGUUUUGGUCAGUUCCACGAUGAAUUCGAAAAGUACGCCGACGUUUCUAUUCGCUUGCUGCUUUCUGACACUUUGUCCAGGUGUUUACAGUCAUAUAAAAGAAAAUGGUCUCGAUAAAGAAGUCGUAUCUAACAGUACGCAGAUUAAAAAAGAUUCUGAGCCGUCGUCCCCCGUGUCGAAACUCUUCUUUCCUUCCUUUACAUACGAUACGGAUAGAAUAGCCGGUGGUUUCUAUGCUGUAAACGAACAGUUCCCCUUUAUGGCGGUCGUACAUCGAUUAUUACCAAACGGAGCGACUUCCCAGUGUGGCGGCACCGUAAUUUCGAAACGAUGGGUUCUAACGGCUGGCCACUGCAUAGGCUCCGGUUUCCCGCGUAAAUUCUUUGUUGUUUUUGGCAUCGUCAAUAAAUCAGGCAUAGGGUACGAUUCUAACAACGGGCCUGGUGUCUCGAUGAUUACGUCACUCGCUGUUGUUCAUCCAAAACAUGAUUACAACAAGAACGACGUCGGAUUGUUGUACAUGCCGCAGGAUAUACCGUAUAGUCAAAAAAUUCAACCGAUACGGCUGGCCUGUUACCACGAGACGAGAGAUGCUUUCGACGGCAUGACUGGCUAUGUAGUGGGGUGGGGAAAGGACGGCCAGGUCAGCAGAGGUACAAAGGCCCUAAAGUAUGCUCUGCUACCUAUUAUCGCCAACGAUUAUUGCAGCAAAUUCUGGCAAAUAGAUGAAGGGAAUAUAUGCACGGCAAAUGGUCUCGGGCAGAACGCCUGCCAGGUAUUAAGGAUUCCGAGGAAUA